UAAAGGUGAGAGGAAUGAGGAAACGUGCGCAGUGUUUUCAGAAUGCAAGAAUAAAACAAAGGAACGCAGUCGUCGUUUUAAACAUUUUUACUAAACUAUAAUUAUACAUAUAAAAUAAAUAUGUCCAGACAUAGUCAUUUUGAUUUUUUCCAAAGUGGAAGACUUGUGCCGACCCGUGAGACCAUGUUUGAUUACAUCAACUGGAGAGCUAAUAGAUCCGAUUUAAUAUUUAAUGCACUGUCUGCUGGUUAUGAACUUGGUCUUGACUACGAUGUAUUGACAUCUGAUGAGGACGAAGAUGAUUUUUCGAAUUCUCACCAAAAUAGAUACUGUGGUUUUCCUCAAAACUUUCUAGAAAGAAAACAUCUGCCUUCAACAUCAUUUAGAGGUGUUAAAUCCAUCACACAAGAGGAGGCUGAAAUAAAUGCUAAAAAACUUGUAGACGAAGAAGAAAAACUUAAGAAAAAAGCUGAGAAGAAAAAACAAAAAAAGAUGAGGCAGCGGGAAAGACGUCGGCUAGAAAAAUUAGAGAAAGAAAAUGCAGAUAAAGCUAGUGACGACCAGGAUAAUCCUGAUCCAGUUGAAACUAAAGUUGCUGAAAAAGAAAGUGAAAAUAAGAAUAAAACAAGUAACAAGGCACCACCUGACCCUGGUCCCCAUAGCACUUCUGUAGCUUCAGAGAGCAGUGAAAGUGACGAAGAGGAAGAGGAUGAUCGAGAAAGUGUCGGUGAUGAACCAGAGGAGCUAGACAUGAACAGCUGGUUUGUGACCAAUGCAGCAGCCAUAGCAAAACGCAAACAAAAACUUAAGCAUGACAGGAAAGACAAAAAAGCGGAGAACUUCAAGAAGCAUGUGCCAGAGGAAAAAGAAACAGAAGAUUCUUGGAAUGAGUACACAAGCCAGGCUGCGUCAGGGGACGUAUCAUCAGAAGAGAAAGUGAAAGACCCAGUUACUAAAAGCACAGAGCUGGCAGUGAUUGGCAACACGUAUGCUCAGUCAGGAAAGUUGGAAAUGGCUGUAAUGUAUUUUACUCAAGCUAUAAAACACAACCCUCAGGAGUUUAAGUUGUUUGGGAAUCGCUCCUUCUGUUAUGAGAAAAUGCAGCAGUAUGAAAAGGCUUUAACAGAUGCAGAUAUUGCUCUCUCAUUAAAUCCAACAUGGAUUAAGGGGCUCUACAGAAAAGGAAGAGCACUAGUAGGGCUUAAGAAAUACUAUGAGGCUGGGUUGACUUAUAAGGAAGUUUUAAAGUUGGACAGCUCCUGUAGAGAUGCUGCUCAUGAGCUUUUUCGUGUGAAUAUAAUGCAGUUAAUGGAUAUGGGCUACACAAGAGAGCAAAGUUCAAAUUCUCUGAUCAUACAUGGAACUUUAGAAAAAGCUUUAGAAGUGCUCUCUGAAUUACAUGGUAAUAUGGCACCUCCUCAUCCCCCCAGAGAGGAGAAUGUUUGUCCAGAGUUAAAAACCCAACCUCUUAAAGCUCCACUUCAAACAGUUUCACAAAACCAGCAUAGAGUUAGCGCUGGCCCCACACCAGCACUACCAGAGUUCUUUCCCAUUUGGGUUGGGGAUUUAGUGCCUGCUUUAUCAGAGUCAAAGCUUCAUGAGCUCUUUAGACCGUUUGGGUCAGUAUAUAGUGUAAAAUUGCUGUCUGGAAAACGGUGUGCUUUUGUCAACUACACCAGAAAAGAAGAUUGUGAGAAAGCAAUUAACAAUUUGAAUGGCUAUCAUGUUGCUGGGACCUGUCUCACAGUGCGUUACCCUGACAGAAUUCACACACAUCUUGGUGCAUCCAAAACUGCAUCAACCGACAUAGGGGUCCCUAACAAACUUCCUGAUGAGUGUUUUUUCUGGAGAACAACUGGCUGCAUUAAAAAUAACCGCUGCCCCUACAAACAUGUACCAGAAAACAAGGGUGUUGAUCGUCCCAAAGCUAAAUAAUAAAAGCAUCCCACAAGCUGUCAGGAUUCUUUUAGUUCAAAUAUAUAUCAAACUAAACCACAUACAUACAUAUAUAAACUAAUGACUUUGUACAUCAUUAAACUUUGAUUUAAUGGUGCAUUGGAUAGAAUUUUGGCUCUCUUGGUUACAAUGAAAACAGCAGCAAAUUGUCUUUAAUCCCAAUCAACUACAGUAUUAAAAUGUGCUUGCUAUUUAGCAAGAGAUGUUUGUAUGUAUGAGCAGUACAGAUUAUGGUGUUGUGACUGGUUCUUGGGUGCAUCCCUGUAACAUGAAUGACAAUAGAAACGUAAACGAGCCAGCUGCAGUUGUUUUAGACAAACUUUGAUUACAUUUUAUUUUAAAGAUUAUUCUGUUAUCUAGUUAAUUCCAGCUUGUUUGCAAUAGUAAGAGCAAUAAAACUUUGACCAGUUCACCUUCACUUACAAGUAACUGAAUUUUAUUUUACUUUUAGCUAUUUAAAAAAAUAAAUAAAUCUUUAAAUAGUUCAUUUAGAUAGCAUUUACUGUCUUAAAGAUUAUAGGAGGGAAUUGGGUCUGAAAUGCCCUCUACAAUAAUUUCUAGCUGCUUUCUGUGCAGAUUUAAAAUUUUCUUUCUGGUGUUUUAUUUUUAUUGGAUAAAUGCAGGAUGACCAUCAGUAUCUUUAUAGGUCAUUAAAAUUACCUGAUAUGUAUGUAAUAAACAAGUAAAACACU